AGCUCCAGAUCAACAAAAACCCAGAAAUCAAAAAAAGAUUCAGCGAAGAGAGAAGAAAACAGAAAAUCAAAACCCUCAAGAUGCUUCGGACAACGCCGUAGCAGAAGAGAUCGAAGCCUAAACCCAAAAUGAUCCCGCUCACCCAAAUCGUCUCUUCCCCUCCCCUCCUCCCCGUCCGAUCCCGCCUCCAUUCCCAUACCCGCCGCCGGCCCAAUACCUCCUCCGUCCCUCUCCUCUUCAAACCCCCAAGAACUCAUCUUUCUCUCCCACCACGCUCCUCCUCCUCUUCCUCGUCUUCGCCAUCCCCUAUCGAUGACACCAUCGAGCUCCCACUAUUUCCUCUCCCUCUCGUCCUCUUCCCCGGGGCCAUCCUCCCCCUCCAGAUCUUCGAGUUCCGCUACCGCAUCCUAAUGCACACCCUCCUCGCCACUGACCUCCGCUUCGGCGUCAUAUUCUCCGACGGCGGAGUCGUCGCACCGGUCGGUUGCGUCGGCGAGAUCGUCAAACACGAGCGCCUAGUAGACGACCGCUUCUUUCUCAUAUGCAAAGGCCAGGAACGCUUCCGCGUCCUCGAUCUCGUCCGCACCCGCCCUUACCUCGUGGCCCGCGUCGCCUGGCUCGAGGACCGUCCACCGCCGAACGGCUCCAGCUCCACAACCGACGAAGACAACCUCGACAACCUUGCAACCGAGGUAGAAAAGCACAUGCGAGAUGUUAUUCGGAUUUCGAAUCGUCUUAACGGGAAGGAACCAAAGGAGGAUGCCGAGACGAUGGAUUUGAGAAGGAAUCUUUUUCCCACGCCGUUUUCGUUCUUUGUUGGAAGCACGUUCGAGGGGGCGCCAAGGGAGCAGCAGGCGCUGCUUGAGCUUGAGGAUACUUCGGCGAGACUAAGGAGGGAGAAGGACACUUUAAGGAACACUCUCAAUUACCUAACUGCAGCCUCUGCUGUGAAAGAUGCUUUCCCUUCUUCGCCUUCCUCAUCUUAGAACUCUUUCAGGCACAAGAACAAACAAGUUACAUGCAGAAAAGAGAUACGCUGCUAUUUUUUCUUUCCCUUUUUGUUGUGUAAAAUUCAAGAGUGCUGUAUGAUAAUUAGAUGAAGAUUGGUCUUUUAAUCAUAAAUAUUUGCGCAUUUAAAUUCCUAUAGUAAAGCAUGAAUGAAAAGUUGUUCUUCUGCA